CACGGCCAGGCUGGCCCACAUUGUAUCGCACAUAAACUUCACUAAAGCAGGGCUCAUUAUGAUCUUUUCAAACUGUACUCUGCUUCUGAAAUGUCCGCAAUUCAUCACCUAACGUCUGGACAGUACGAUCAACCUGAAAAAGAGUCGAAAGGCCCCGACGUUCAAGUGCAUCGACAAAUCUCCCAGGACAGCAAACCUGAUCAGAAUAGAAGCAACCCCCGAGUUGAAACAUCGCAAACACUUGCACAUUGCAUCGGCUGGUUGACACCUCUGGUCAUCAUUGGCUCCUUUCUGGCUGCGACUUUGAUUGCAAUCAUCCACUACGUCUACUGCCGCUACCUUCGUAACAAACCUGUUGGAUCCACGAUCCCCCAGAGCUGGAACAAUGCCCUUUCCGUUACCUUUGCCCACCUUUUUGCUACCGCUCUCGCUACCUCUGCGUCUACAGCCUUCACGCAACUGCUCUGGUGGUAUCUUCGCCGACGUUCCUUGUCGAUAGCCACGAUAGAUGCACUGUUCUCAUUGAACUGCAGUUCUUCAAACUUGUACCAACUCGGCAUCCUCAAGACCAUCCCCGUGCUCUGGUUUUUCGGCCUACUUGUCCCGCUGAUCUCCGUUGCCACCAUCUUCCCGCCCGGCAGUCUUGUGGUACAGCAACUACCAAGGACUUACCAUGAUACUCAGAGCAUGUUUACUCUCGACAUUUCGAAUCGCGGAAACGGGUCUGCUACAGACUUUCUAGCGUACGCACUGUUCGAGGUUGGAGUGGAUGGCGAAUACAACCGACCUGAUCGUAUAUUCACUAAAAUGGCCCGACGAACCAUCCGCGAAGGGACGUAUGAUACAGCAUCGUCUUCUUGUGGGGACAAUUGCACCUACGAAUUGACUUUUGCCGCACCUACGCUACGCUGUGAAGAUGACAGUCCGAAUCUGGAUCUCGAGCAGAAGGUGUUCAACACAUACAACAACCAGAGUCUGGAAGGGAACAGGCCUUCAUCGUGGGAUGCCAGUCUGGCCCAAUUUCUGGCAGCACCGUACGAAUCGAACGGUCAGCUUAAGUUCGAUCUCAGCUAUCGAAACGAAUUCAACGGCACACUGCGCAACAUAAGCUGCACUACCAUGGAUGCGAACUAUACAGCGCAGAUACAGUACUUGGACUCCGCUCAGGCUGUGACGCUCAACAUUACCGAGGGGCAGCCGUUGAAUAUGUCAGGAUUGAACCAAAGCUCACUCUUCUACGACGUCAUGAAGGCCGCGCCAUCCGAGACGUCCAUCAUCUAUCAAACAGCAGUCCACAACUUUUCCAUGCCCGAACUGUUUGAGAUUUACCAUAGAACACAAAUGCUCGCAAUGAGCGACCUGCUGACACGGUCUCUAGCUGGCGCGAUCUCUGGGUUUGGCACUGAGAAUUACUUCACCACCAACACAAUCAUCGAAGACAGCCCAUGGGCAAGCUCUGAGUACGACAGAAACGCGGGCCUCUACUCGGAUGUCUACUUCGACCUCUCAGCAUCCCGUCUUGAGGAUCUUAUGAGAAAUAUAACCAUCUCCGUGCUGAACAACAACGAAGAAGGUUUUGUUGAUGCUGCGAUGGCUUAUGUUGUAUACGAAGCGGCGUACGUUCUCAAGAGUCAGGUCCGCUUGAUUGUCGCCUACGCUACUGCUCUCAUUGUGUCUCUUGCAUUCAUUAUAGCCGGUCUUGUCGCGCUCUUUCAGAAUGGCACACCCGCAUCAUCAGGCGGCUUUCUACAGAUCAUGUCUACAACGACGCAUGGCGAUGGCCUGAUGAACCAGCUGGCGAAGGAAGCGAGUCUCGGGGGUGGAAACGGCGUGGUGAAAGACCUGUCUGAUCUCAAGGUGAGAUUUGGCGUUGUUGCCGACGGCCAAAGCAGGCAUGCGGCUUUCGGGACAGUCGAUGAGACUGAGGUGCUAUUGAAGGGCUCAUAACGUAAUAAGCCUCACGCUCGUGCGACGUUCGGUCGCUGGCGCAUUAAAGAGUGAUGCCUGUCAGGUCAAAACAGCGGCCCGUCAACAGAUACAUAAUCAAAUAUAUCAUUG